AUGGCAGCAACUCCUUUUGACACCAUCAAAGCAUUUGCGAGUUCUGGGCUGUCAGAGGCUACUAUUUUGUCCACUCGCUUCCAGAUGCCAAGUCUGAAGAAUGGACAGCAGACAUUUGCACAGAAAAAGGCGGGGAGUGUACCUUACAAUCCCGAAUGCCUGAAGUUUGUAGAGGCAGACACCCUGAAGAAAACCCUGCUUCAAGACUUCACUCCUUCUACCGACCCUGUGGAGAUGGCCUUACCUCCGAUUGACGCAAGGUCUCCUCUGUUCAGUGAGGAUGAUAACCGACGGGAUUUGGCUUACAAGGUCUAUUUACCUCUCUCUCGGCUUUUGCAGAAGAAGCACAGCAUGUCAUUCUCAACGGAUUGUCCUUGGCAAAUUAGUCAUGGAGCGGCCGACACCAGGGUGAUCGCACGCAGGAAUGGUAGAAAAUUGGUCGCUAUAGAAGAAAAAAGCGAAAGUCUCUUUCAGGGUCUCCUGUUGGACGAGUUAACUUUUUCGGUUGCUUGCAAGGAAGGUCGGGAGGAUAUGAUUUUGGGACUCAACAAUCAGAUGCAGGAGGCGUUGUUUGCCUGUCCCCUAGUCCUGGCUCGAUUGUUGGGUUACAUGAAGGCGGAUCAGGUUGCCUACUAUGGCAUCAUCAUGACGUCCGGUCGUGCUUAUUUUAUUUGGGUGUCUGCACAGGAAUCCAAGCAACCUGCCAGUGACGCAGGAGGACAGUCGGCACCAAAGAAGCAGAAAGUGGAAACUCUGGAUGUUUUCUCAAACCAAGGGCCAGGAAUUUACCUUUCUGAAUGCGUGAUGGUCAACAACGAGGAUUUCUUGAAGGUCCUGUACUUGUUCUUGGUGCGUGCAAACUUGUCGCAAGAGAACAAACUACGUGGAGUUAAAGCUGGAACACUGCUGGCACUGCCCUCCUCUGGGGGUAGCUUUCUAAAAGGUCCCGAGCAACAAAAAAUGCCCACUCCGGGGAAAUCAAAUUCAAGCAGAAACACAACCAAGACACCGGACAAUAGACGGCCAGCAACACCAGACAACGGGCACCACAAGCCCCUCUCUAAUCUGUCUCUUACCAACCAUUCCCACCUUCAAGGAAGGGACUUUGCUCGUGAGUUCUUUGGGACGUGA